AUGGAAGUAUGCAUUGAUAAUAACAAUCUAUCUGGUCCAAUCCCGUCACCAUUAGGUGAUCUAACAAACCUUACCCUUCUCUAUCUCUCUAAAAAUAAUCUUUCCGGAACAAUUCCAAAAGAGAUAGGGAACUGGAAAUCUAUUGUGGAUCUAGAGUUGAGCCAGAAUCAACUUAACGGUUCCAUCACUACUUCACAACAACCUAGAACUCUUAUUCCUACGUGCGAACAAACUUUCUGGCUCCAUCCCCCUAGAGAUGGAAAAUCUCAUGAAGUUGAAUGUGCUACAAUUGGACACUAA